CUGUCGCAGGUGAAGAAGGCGGUGGAGGCCCUCCUGGCUUUCAGCAGAAGCAAGGCCAAGGGAGACGCACUGCUCCUCAACGAGAGCGAGAACGUCCACCUCCUGGUGACGGUCUGGAAGGUCCCGCGGGUGGCACAAGUCAUCAAAAUACCACUGCCCCAUGGCAUUCGGCCAGAAACAACUGAGGUUUGCCUGUUCACAAAGGAUGAACCAAAUUUAUCAGCAGAACAGACUGAAAAUCUGUACAGGAAGCUUUUAAUCCAGAAUGGGAUCAGAAGUGUUAGCCAGAUCAUCUCAUACAAAACUCUCAAAAAAGAGUAUAAACUAUUUGAAGCAAAGCGUCGCCUCUUGAACAGAUUUGAUCUCUUUCUGUCUGAUGACCGAAUUAGAAGGCUCUUGCCCUCACAUCUAGGAAAACACUUUUAUGAAAGGAAAAAGGCACCUUUAUCUGUAAACCUGAAAGCCAGAAAUCUUGCUAAGGAACUACAAAAACAUAUCCAGGGGACUAUACUCCCAGUUACCAACAAAGGGUGCUGUUAUACAGCACGUGUAGGUCACACUGGAAUGAAAGCCGAUGAGAUAGUAGAUAAUAUCAUUGCAGCAGCUACGGUGAUUGCUCAGAAGUUACCAAAGAAUUGGAAAAACGUAAAAAUUCUUCACCUCAAAACGCUUAAAUCCGUUGCACUUCCAAUUUUUACUGCAAAUAUCUCCAACUUGGACGAGCUUGACAGACAGCCAUCUCUCAAAAAAAAGGAAGUAAAGAAGGAAAAGAACAAGAAACCGAAGAAGGCCGCUAAAAAAAUGAAUUCAAGUCAAGCCACUGUGACAACUGAAACUAAUGCUGAUGCUGCUGCUACCCAGGAGCUCGCGAUUAAAGAAAAAGUGGAAGUAGUCCAAGAACUGGGUGAUCUUGAUGAUGAAGAAAUUCCACAACUGGUGCCCAUGCAAACAACCAGCUUAGCUGAGCUGAAGAAAAUGGAACCAAGUCCAGAAGAAGGUGACAACCUGGGUGAGAAAAUCAAAACACCCAUCGGUAAGAGAAAGAAACAACCUCUAGUGCUGGAGGCUCCAAAAACAAAACAUAAAUUUACAGAAGAGCGUGCAAACUUGCAGACAUCACCAAAACAGAAAAAAGCCAAGCACCUCAUCGUGCCAAAGGAAGCAAUAAAAGAAAAAGAGAUGAAAAAGGCUCCCAAAAAGCCUGAAGCAAAGUCUUUUGCAACACCCAAAGCUGGCAAAUCAAUACAGUCAGCCAAGAAGUCUUCAAAAACACCAAAGCAAGCACCCAAGAAAACGCACAGGCCACAGUCAUCAUGA